CUGUCUUCCAGUUUCUCCACGUUUCUCCAACUUCUUACUGCCGGGUUUCGCGCAAACAGCCUUUCGCCAUGGUCUAUUCGCUUCGCCCCUCGUCGCCCUCUUCACCCGCUUCUAUCCUCGCUUUAUCGUUCUUAGCUGACUCGACGAGACGCUUGAACCGCUAUGGCUUCCCAUCCCAGCACUGCGACUGCCACAGCAGCAUUCCCUCUAUUUACAGCCAGUGUUGUUUUGGACCCGGAGUUCCGAGAUGUGCUUACUACUACCCAGCGUCCCAUAUAUUUCUCAAUCCAAAACCUCGUAGCAUUCUUGGGCGAAGUCGGGGAUUCCUGUUUGCGAAGCCAAACGCGAGUGGUAAUUAAAGUCGCCUAUCGUAGAAGCCGUUUUCGGUCAAUCACGCGUCCUGAGGGCUUGCUACCUGUACGCGCUGUAAAGAUACUCGAGAAUACACGCUCGUGACCAUGAGCCGUCGCGUUGACAUGCGGCCGCAGAGCCGCCUGGCCAUUGCACUAUGCCCCCUUAUCCUCUGCCACGUGGCAUCGACGUGUCAUGCAUCAUGUGGCCCUCCCCAAGCUCUGUUGCGCGCCACGGCAGCGGCUCCUCCAAGCCCGCUCUUCGAGUGGAUGAGCGACGAGGAACAAACGGCCAUGGCGCGACUCGCCGUGCAGCAGCACAACAAGGAAAAGAACGAUAGCCUACAGCCAGUGCAAAUCUUGUAUGCGACGCGCACCGGCGACGAGAUCGCACAGGGAUUUACAGGCUUCUUCCUCAAACUCUCCGCCCUCAACCUCCUCACCGGCCUCACUGCCUCCUACGACGCCCGCCUGUCUGUACGACCCGCGGUAGCAGCACAGGAAGCAGACAGGGCUGCUGCACUUCCAGCAGCAGCAGCCACAACGGCAGCAGCAGCAGCAGCUGCAGCAGGAGGAGCAGCAGCAGCAGCAACAGCAGCAGCAGGAGAAGAGUACAAUUUGACCUUCUCUAUGCAAGCGGGGUCGCAGCACAAUAGCACAAGGGAGGAAAUGGAGGCGGUUCUGAGGCGGGUUGUGCUGCUGCAACCGGUCAUAUGCGGGGAGUUCUGGACCUUCGUAGAUCCGUGGGGAGAGGGCGUGCAGCGAGUGGCGCGAGGGGCGGUGGAGUCAGAGAACGAGAAGAAGGGCACCAGUCUGCUCUUGCUCUCUGUGCUGGAGGCUCAGAAGCUCAUCCCAAGUGAUGCAGAGUACAACCUCACGCUUCUAGCAGCAGACCAGGCAUUCAACGAGACAGCCCAGUAUGCUGUGCAUGUAUUGGAGACACCGGGGACAGGCUUCGCUAAUGUCACGUCCUUUACAGUGGUGCAGGGGACGCAGCUGAAUGCAACAGUGGCAGAGAUACAAGUGGCUGCAGCCGGGGGGUGUGGCGUAACGAACGGGAGCAGCAGCAGCAGCAGCAGCAAUAACAGCAGCAGCAGCAGCAGCAGCAACAACAGCAGCAGCAGCAGCAGCAGCAGUACUCCAGGAAACUACAGUGCUGGUGUUGGCAACAGCAGAAGUUUCAGCAACAGCAACAGUGGUGGCAGCAGUCUCAACAGCACUGGUGGUGGUGGCAGCAUUCUCAACAGCACUGGUGGUGGUGGCAGCAGCGGCAGCAACAGCACUAGUGGUGGUGGCAGCACUCUCAACAGCACUGGUGGUGGUGGCAGCAGCGGCAGCAACAGCACUAGUGGUGGUGGCAGCACUCGCAACAGUACUGGUGGCGGUGGCAGCACUCUCAACAGCACUGGUGGUGGUGGCAGCACUCUCAACAGCACCGGUGGUGGUGGCAGCACUCUCAACAGCACCACGAGGAGCAACGCCACAGGCGGAUGGGACAUAGAGUAUAUCUCGCCAAGAGCCCUGGCAGGGGUGUGUGUGGACGAGGGGUGGGUGCUCGUCCCUGCUGCUGCCAACGACUCAAGCAUCCACUCGGUUGCUCUCUUUGCCCUGCAGCAGGUCAACGCACAGAAAAGCUUCUCGAUGUUUGUGACUCUAGUGGAUGUGAUUGCAGCGAGGGCGAAUGUGGUGGAUGGGGCAGGGAUCAGCUACAGUCUGACUGUAACAGCAGGAGUGAUUAGACCCUUUCAAGCGUUCAAGGUGCCUGUAACAGGAGCAGUAGAGGAGCCUGCAACAGGAGGCAAGGCAGCAGUAGAGGAGCCGAUAGCAGGAAGCAAGGUAGCAGUGAGGGCAGCAACAGCAGCAGCGGAAGUGGCGACACUCAAGGCGGUGGUGUGGCAGCCGGUGCCCUUCACUGCCUACCAGCUGACUGACCUUUUUGUGAUGGAUGGGGGUGCGGGAGGUGGUCAGUGGAGUGGCAAGGGGGAGAACAGAUUGUUCAUUGACUGUGUCACCCCCCGCCCUGGAUACAUGAUGACUCCUAACUGCACGGAAGUGCCAAGGUCUGGCCCCCCUUCUGGCUGUGCUCCCCCCCGCCCUGGCUACAUUAUGACCGGUAACUGUACUGAAGUGCCCAAGUCCGGCCACUCAGCUGCUGUAACUUUCUCGACAUUGCUUCUUGUGCCCAUCUGCCUUGCACUCGUGCUGGUUCUGACGUAGGGAGCUGUGCUGAGCACACGCAAUGCAUGGUGGAGUGGGUGGUGCACUUGUGCUCCCGAGGCGUCAUUCAUUCAUCUGCUUGUCUUCCUUGGGCUCCUGCUGGCCCUCAUGUACAUAGUGCUGCUGAGGAUGUGGCAACACUCAAGGCAGUGGUGUGGCAGCCAGUGCCCUUCCCAGCUUACCAGGCUACCAGCUCACUGACAUCUUUGUGAUGGAUGGGGGAGGUGGUGUGUGGUGUGGAGUGAAGAGGGCACUGUCAACAUAUAAUUUGUAUAUGUUAUAGGCUAGCUAGGUGCAUGCUUAUAUAGAGUACAACCCCUUAGGUUAUCUCUCCUUGUACCACCUCAUUCUAGUCAAUUCGUUCUAC